AUGAAUUUGAGUGAUAAAGGAAGAAACAAUUCGGAUCACAGCAGAACGGAAACUAUAGUUAUCACAAACUCUGUGCUUAAUGCUCCGUUGAUAAUAAUAUCCAUCGUAGGCAAUGCUCUGGUCUUGCUCGCCAUCUUCAGAACGCCCUCCAUACACUCAACCUCAAUGAUCAUGCUGGUAAGCCUUGCGUUUUCGGAUCUUCUCGUUGGUCUCCUAGCCCAACCACUUUUUAUUGCGGACGAAAUCACAAGCUUAACAACGCAAAACCCUAUAUUAUACCGUCUAUCAGCAAUGAUAGGCUUUUUUGUCGUUGGAGUGUCUAUUGGAACAAUAACAGCUAUCAGUGUGGAUCGCGUUUUGGCUCUUCACUAUCACAUGCGAUACGCCAUCAUAGUGACCAACACACGAGUCAAAUACACCGUAGGAGCAAUCUGGUUAGUCAUGUUCCUGUCUUUCGGGUUUUACCUUUGGGACAAGUAUGUUUUUCACCUAAUGGCAGGUGUAUUUUCGGCUGUUUGCAUUAUCAUUUGCACAGUUUCUUACGCAAAAAUUUAUCGAAUUGUUCGCGUUCACCAGCAACUGAUAAACAUUCAGCAUAACGCUGUGGAAAAUGAAAACGAUGGAAACAAAAUGCAACUGUCACGGGUCAAGAAAAGCGCAAUGAGUACGUUUGUAUUUUACAUUUGUAUGCUUCUUUGUUAUUUUCCUGGGUUUGUUUUACUGACUCUGUUCGGAACAUUGCACGUAGCAUGGAAACCCGAAUGGACAUUUUCCUCAACUUUACCGUUCAUGAACUCUGCCAUUAAUCCUUUUCUGUAUUGUUGGCGGCUCCGAGAACUUAGAGAAGCGAUUGUCAAAACAACGAAGCAGCUAUUUCACCCACCGAAUGAAAACUGAAAGUAGGCGUCGCAUAAAGCAUAUUAAGGAGCUUUUGACGACAGCGACGUCAACGAGAACGGAAAAACAGCAAUAGGUUUAGAUUAAAAAACGACAACUUUGCACGUGCAUCACGCUUUUUUGUUCAUUUCUUUGCCGUCGUUGCACGACCGCGACGUCAAAGUGCCUAAUUUUACGUUUUGACAAGGAGGUGAACACAAGAGAUCCACUUUCUUUGCAUUUUCCUGGACUUCGAUGCUGUCCUUUAGAAUUCAACUCCGACUGAAAAAUUCGCCAACAUUUGACGAAUUCAAUUAUUCGCAACGACGACUUUUAGCGCAACACAGCGUUGCAAUGUUGGAACAAUGUUGUAACCAUUCGAAACAAUGUCGCACCAAUGUUGCAACAAUGUUGCAACUCUGUGUUGCGCUAAAACCGUCUCGUGUAACAUCACCUUAAAGGGACUGGUUCACGAUAAUGCGCAUGUGUGAGUUCUGACAGUAGCUGAUUGUUUUUCAACCAAUCGGAAGCGAGUUAGACGCACGCAAGUAAAUUUACAAAAUUCGCGCGCAAUUUCGUAGCCGUCGCCGUCAUUGUUCCUUAAGCUCUCUCAUGAUGUAAAUUCAUAUAAAGUAUUUGGGACAGGAUAGUGUCAAAAAGGAUAUUUCGAAAGAAAUUCACCUUGCAACCGGUUUUUAGCAGGAAAACUCUUUGCUUGUAUAGUAUGACGAUGAGUGAUGAUGCUAAGAAAUUCAGUGCUAUUACAUCAAAUUUAAUCCGGCUGUAGUCAGUGUCCUAAAAACCAAGAAGUCUACUUAGAGAACGGUAUGGAAGACAACCCAUGUUUGCUCUGGAUCUUAAACGUGCUUCAGUGUACAUUAGACUCAGAACGUCUUAAUGUCUGCUAAAAAGAGGAUAGAAUAUUUGCUUAAAAGGGUAAGGCUUUUGAGACGUGUCAAUGUCAGAAGAAAACGAUGCUACUCCUUAAAACGAAUUUACACUACACAAAAACGUGAAACUUGACCCGUAUUACUCAGAUACCGUGACUGCCUUUACUUAAUAUCACAUUUCUCAUAUUUGUAGAACUUGACAAUGUAUUAUAUCUGAUUUUGAAGUACGUGUCGUAAUCCGGCACCUCUACAGGUCAAUACUGGGACAUGGAGUGUAAAUGUAUAAAUUGUGUCUGUUAACCAAGUCCUACGAUGUAACCAUUCAAAUGAAAGCUUCUGAUCAGUACUUUCCUGUGGUAUUGUUUAUUAUGCUGUACAAGGUGGUUCUAACUUUUGAGUCUGUGGAUGAAAUUCUAUGGUGUUACCAUUCAAAUGAAAGCUACUGAGCAGUUCUUUCCUGUGGUACUGUUUAUUAUAUCAUACAAGGUGGUUCUAACUAUUCUCUACGUGAACGAAAUCCUAUGGUGUGACCAUUCAAAUGAAACUUGAUUAUUAUUUUCGCACGGUGCUGUUUUUUUUCGGCAUUUUCCAUAAUGAGAUUUAGACCUAUUGUGAUGAUACUAAAGAAUGAAAUGUUGAAAACGAACUCCGAAGGCAGUCUCGGGCAAGAACUCUCAUAAAAAGAUAUAAUUUAAAGGAGAGAAUACUUGUUUUUGUCAAGAGAGAUCUCAUUCACUCUUGUUUUAGUACAAUAGUUAAAGGCCCGUUAAACUGCUCCAAUUGCGUCUGGCCGAAGGAUCUCUACGGUCAAGAUGUAAAAAUGUACACUUUGUCGUCAUUUGUUCCCGGGGGGGUACUGCCAUAUAUGGGCUAUAUAGGUAUGUGCCGCUGUGAAGGGUAUGGUUUUCAAACAGUUUACUCUAGGAUACAGACCGUUUGGCUCGAAUCAUUUUUCAGUUCAGUUGGUUGAAGAUUUUAUCUAGCCUAGGUACACAGCUAGCAGUAUGGGUUUCAGCUGAACUAGCUCUGGUAAAAGUUAAGGGUUCCAACUCCCCACCCAGCGAUUUGUUGUAUCCUGCGAGCAGAUGUUUCUCUCUUGUCAACUACGCGAAAGAUAAGCGCCGGAUACGAACGACUUCGUAAACGUUAAAAGCCAUGCAAAGGAGAACAAUCUGCUCGAAGGGUACAUGUUCUGAUAUUUAGUUUCUUUCUAGCGCGUUGAAUACGCCUCGGCAUAGUUUGUAUGGAAAGAAGAAAAAAAAACUUCAAAAUUUGAAAGUUUUGUACUGUAUGCCAGAUAGACUUAAAUUACAACUCCUGCUUUAUGAAAAAAUGAUCCACUUAUAAUUAACUGGCAAUAUUCUCUCCAAUUCUUAAUGAAAAACAGUAAACCUAAUAAAACGAAUUAAAAGUAACGAGAAAGGAGGAGGGAAGUUAAACUAAACUGAAGGGAAAUCAGGAGCCUGAAAUAAAAAAAAAAAACACUUGAAAAUAAGUGACUGCUUACAUGCGUCGUGAUAAUUUAAAAAGUUGUCUUUUUUGCCACUUGAGCUGAAAGGCCAUUUCGUUUUACUUUUGUCUAUUUUUAAUGAGGUUUUAAAUAGUGGUGUGCCGAUCAUCGAUUAUAAUCGAUCAUUGAUCGAAAAUCUUUAAGCGACGCGACAAUCGAUUAUGGAUGAUGACAAUCGAUUAUCGCGGACAAAUGAAAAAAAAUUAUUGAUGACAAAUAAAAACACAAAAAAUACUGUGUGUUGCAUGCACAUUUUAAUGCACAUUUUGAUGGUUCUCUUAGAAAUUAUUCUAAAUUAGUAGCUGGCAGUAAAGAACAUUUUUAGAUCUACUUACUGCAAUCAGAAAGGUUACAAGGGGAGAUGAAAGCAAAACAGAUAUAAACAGCUUGCAAAUAUCGAAGUGAAACUCAAGUUGGUUCCCAGGGUCCACUCUUCGUUGUCUCGUUUAUGUUGUCCACAACAAACAUGGCGACUGAGUUUUUUUAUCACUAGAUUUUCCGAUUAUAAUCGAUGAUCGAUCGGGUGGGUCAAUCCGAUUAUUUCCGAUGAUCGAUGAUAAAAUCUCAGCCCAUCACUAGUUUUAAAAGAUCUCAUUUAUAGUGAGUAUAAUAAAACACGGAUGAGUUUUUAGCUCCAUUUCGAAACGCAAAAACAAUCUAAAACUGAAAGGAAAUUAUAGGGAAACUUUUUGAGGCCACGACUAGGCUCGCUGUUAGUGUUUUUAUCAAGUGCAAAACACUCGUCUGUGGGUUAUGUUUUACCGUUAAUGAAUUAGUCCUACUACUUUUAACAUUUUAAAAUAUUUUUUUAAUUCACAAAGUGGGCUGGAAUAAAACACAUGAGAAAGGGCACAAACGAAGGCAACAAACAAAAAAAGACAAAACAGUACGAUAAAAAGUGAAACGAAACGAUCAAAUUCCACGCUCCGUUUAAGGCACUAAGAGGAUUUUCUACAAACAAAAGGCUUAUUUGAAGGACCGGAUUCGGGAAUUUAGCGUCAAAGGGAGGGGGGUGAGGAGGCGCGGAGGCGCGGAGGCGCGAUUCGGCAUUGAAAUUUUGAUCGAGGUACGGUUUUAGGAUGCGGAAAUCGGGGAAAGUCUUUUUAACGUUUCAUAGUUUGCCCACAGUUGGUUCGACCCUGUCUCAUGACCUUUUUGGCCAUAACAAGUAUUUAUCCCAAUAUUUGCCACUGGUGCUCCGAAGAUGAGGGAGUCUUGAUCCUCUGCGAGGCACUUUUGGUACCAAAAUAAGCUGAUAAGAAUUCAUCAUCGGGAUUACGGGUCGAGACGGGGAUCAGGGGAAAUAUCGGUGGCAAGUGCAUAAAUAAAACAAUCAAAACAGAACAGGACGCAAAAGAGCGCAAAUAUUUUGUUUUUGUUUGAUCUUCUUCAAAGUGAAAAACGUUUCCUUAGCGUCAAAUGCAUCAUAACGCAAAGUAAAAAUACGAACUUGUUUGAAUUAAGCAUACAUGGCUUGUGACGGCCAAGAGUUCACAGCGACGUUGCUUUUUGAUCCUUCGAUGUCGGUUCUUCCUAGUGCGAAGCAGAAUAAAUGGCCUAUUUCAGACUUACCAAUGCUCACGACUUUGUCGCGAGUAACGACCUAUCUCACACUCUCACAAGUUAACAACUAAUCUCUCAUGCUUUCAAGAAAGUGGAUUAGGAAUCUGUUUUAAAGCAAGGCCACAUCUGACUUUACAUAUACACUGUAUUGUGCAUAUUCAGGGUAUACAACAAAGUAGUGGAUACUUCGCCUACUUUAUCAGCUUUAUUCACAAUUACGUGUCCUCAGUUGCGUAAAUAGUUAUUUAAUCCUACUUAGCAACUUUCAUUUGUCUAGAUAUGGUAACAGUGGUUUUGACACUAAAAAAGUGAUUUAAAAGUUCAUUUGAUUUUUUUACCUUCUUUGGUUUUGGUUUUGAUUUGUUUCUGUUAAGUAGUGGUUUUUUUUUUUUUUCAAUAUGCUACCAAUUAAAAAUUUGCAUCUUUCUUUAACUUUAAAUUGCAGCACUUUUAGUGAAACAAAUUUAAAACCGGCGUCGUCUGGGCGAGUUUCGAGACGUAGAAAUGACUGUUUAUUUCUUUGCUUUGCUAUUGUCAUAAAAUCGUGCCUGCAUGAAGAACUGCGACGUGAUGACAUCAGUUUAACGUCACCUGACUUGAGAAACAGUGUGGUUAGCUGUAUACAAUCAAUACAAUGUCGCAGUUCAUGAUACACAUAGGCGUACGGGCCGGGGGGGCGAGGGGGGCUACAGCCCCCCCAAAUUUUGGGCAACUCAGAUUUUUUGGGCAGCGAGAGAAAUUUGGGCAAAGCCAGUUUUUAAAAAAUCUAUCGAGCGGUUUAAAAUUAUUCGCUAAUUUGUUAAAGUAGACCGAAAUGUUUACAAAACCGCUAACAAGAGUGUCUUGAUACAUACUAAUCAAAUUUUUCUUUCGAUUCUAACAAUCAAGCAGAGCUAUCUCCACGAUCUUUCACACAUGUUUUUAAAAAGAUUAAAACUACUAUGAGGUGAGAUUGCAGGUCAAAAGCAUUUCGUGUCGGGAAUCACUGCUAAAGUAAAACAGGUAAUGGGGGGGCGUCAUUUCGUUGUUAUGACAACUCCGAUGUCAUUGCAACCCUGAUGAUGCCCAUUUUUCAUCUUAAUACAACUGUGGUCGCACUUUUUCCAAAUGUUUGUUUAUGGCGACGUAGUUUAUGCUCAGACUUGGUAUUGACCCUGAAAAACCGUAUCGAGCCACCUUCAUAUGCCAGGACGGCCUAUGUUGUUGCAAUAUGGCCCUCAUUUCUUUUCGACUCUUUCGUAAACAUUUGGGCAACUUGCGAGAUUUUUUUGGGCAAAUGGUUUACCGCCCCCCCUGGCCAAAAAGUUCCCGUACGCCUAUGAUGAUACAGGCGCGAUUUUUAGACAACACCCGAGUGAUCAAGGAAACAAAGGCUCCGCUAUUUAUAUCGAAGUCUCGAGACUAGUGGUUCAACUUGCAAUUUGCAUAAGAACAUACGAUCUGAGAAAUUAUAACCGCAGGUGUUGAAACAAAGUUACCCCAGGCAGAACUGAAACAGGUAUUUGAUCGCAAAGCGAACAUGAUUGGCAGUUGGUAUAAUUCAAUAAUUUCUACGCAGACAGGAUGCAUCAGUUUAAACCAAGCUUUCAUCCCGUUAAUAAGUUCCCACACCAUAUCACGAGUGGUUUAUAAGCGGGGCCACAAACGCAAAGGUGUGUAUAAAUUGUUGACGAUCUUUUACGGAGAGGCAUCAUGAAUUUUAGAGAUAACGAAAGAAACAGUUCCGAUAACAGCGGAGCGAAAACUAUAGUUAUCAUAAACUCUGUGCUUAAUGCUCCGUUGAUACUAAUAUCCAUCGUAGGCAAUGCUCUGGUCCUGCUCGCCAUCUUCAGAACGCCUUCCAUACACUCAACCUCAAUGAUUAUGCUGACAAGCCUUGCGUUUUCGGAUCUUCUCGUUGGUCUCCUAGCCCAACCACUUUUUAUUGCGGACGAAAUCACACGCUUAACAACGCAAAACCCUAUAUUAUACCGUCUGUCAGCAAUGAUAGGGUUUUUUGUCACUGGAGUGUCUCUUGGAACAAUAACAACCAUCAGUGUGGACCGCGUUUUGGCGCUUCACUAUCACAUGCGAUACGCCAUCAUAGUGACCAACACACGAGUCAAAUACACCGUUGGAGCAAUCUGGUUGGCCGUGUUCCUAUGUUUAGGGUUUUACCUUUGGAACAAGCAUGUUUUUUACUUAAUGGCAGGUGUAUUUUCGGCUGUUUGCAUUAUCAUUUGCACAGCUUCUUAUGCAAAAAUUUACCGAAUUGUUCGCGUUCACCAGCAACUGAUAAACAUUCAGCAUAACGCUGUGGAAAAUAAAAACGCUGAAAGCAAAAUGCACCUGUCGCGAGUCAAGAAAAGCGCAAUGAGUACGUUUGUACUUUACAUUUGUAUCCUCCUGUGUUAUUUUCCAGUUUUUGUUUUAAUGACUCUGUUCGGAACAUCGCACGUAGCAUGGAAACCCGAAUGGAGGUUUUCCUCAACUUUAACGUUCAUGAACUCUGCCAUUAAUCCUUUUCUGUAUUGUUGGCGCCUCCGAGAACUUAGAGAAGCGAUUGUCAAAACAACGAAGCAGCUGUUUCAUCCACCGAAUGAAAACUGAAGUAGGCGUCGCAUAAAGCACAUUAAGGAGCUUAACCAACGAGUACGGCAAAAAAAGCAAUAGGUUUAGAUUGACAAAACAACGACAUAACGCACGUGCAUAACGCUUUUUUUCUUCAUUUCUUUGCCUUCGUUGUAUGACUACGACGUCAAAGUGCCCAAUUUUACGCUUUGAGGAGGACGUAAACACGAGACAUCCACUUUCUGUGUCUUUUCCUGGACUUCCGCGAUACUGUCCUUUAGAAUUCAACUUCAAAUGAAAAAUUUGCCAACAUUUCACGAAUUGAACGAGAUGGAAUAAGGGCGAUAAAGAAAUUCAACUUGCAUCCGGUAUUUAGCAAGUUAAUUCUUUGCUUAUAGUCCAUAGUGUGACGAUGAGUGAAGAUGCUAAGAAAUUACUAUUACCAUCAAAUCUAAUCUAUAGUUAAUGUCCUAGAAAACCAAGAAGUCUAGCUAGAGAACGGUAUAGAAAGAAGGCAACCCAUGUUUGCUCUGGAUCUUAACCGUGGUUUAAUACAUUAGACUCAGAACGUUUUAAUGCCUGCUAAAGGGAGGAGAGAAUAUGUGCUUAAAAGUGUAGGGUUGUUGGAGAUGAGCCUUGCGACAGUGUUUUGAUCCCGUUGCAAUUUGUUAAUGUAACUGGCUGGUAAGCCGUACAGCAGACUGUUACAGUAAUCUAGGCGUCCAAUUACCGGUGCUAAGAUUAGUCUUUGUGCACUCUUGUACGAAAGGUACUUUCUAAUGCGUCUAAUUAGUCGUCAAACUAGGCGACAGACAAGCGCCGGAUGCGAACGACUUCGUAAACGUUAAAAGCCAUGCAAAGGAGAACAAUCUGCUCGCAGGGUUCGUGUUUUGAUAAACAGUUUUUUUCUAGCGCGUUGAAUGCGCUUCGGCAUAGAUUGUAUGGAAAGAAGAAAAAAAAACUUCAAAACUUGAAAGUUUUGUACAGUAUGCCAGAUAGACUUAAAUUAAAACUCUUACUUUCUGAAAAAAUGAUCUACUUAUAAUUAACAGGCAAUAUUCUCUCAAAUUCUUAAUGAAAAACAGUAAAGAACCUAAUAAAACGAGUUCAUAGUAACGAGAAAAGAGGAGGGAAGUUAAACUAACUUGGAAGGAAGUCAGGAGCCUGAAUGAAUCAAAAAACUUGAAAAAUACGUGACUACUUACAUGCGUCUUGAUAAUUUAAAAAGUUGUCUUUUUUGCCACUUGAGCUGAAAGGCCAUUUCGUUUUACUUUUGUCUAUUUUUAAUGAGGUUUUAAAUAGUGGUGUGCCGAUCAUCGAUUAUAAUCGAUCAUUGAUCGAAAAUCUUUAAGCGACGCGACAAUCGAUUAUGGAUGAUGACAAUCGAUUAUCGCGGACAAAUGAAAAAAAAAUAUUGAUGACCAAUAAAAACAUAAAAAAAAUUGUGUGUUGCAUGCACAUUUUGAUGUUUCUCUUAGAAAUUAUUCUAAAUUAGUAGCUGGCCGUAAAGAACAUUUUUAGAUCUACUUAAUGCGAUCAGAAAGGUUACAAAUUAGAGUAGAUAAACGCAACACAGAUAUAAACAGCUUGCAAAGAUCGAAUUGAAACUCAAGUUGCUUCCCAGGGUCCACUCUUCGUUGUCUCGUUUAUGUUGUCCACAACAAACAUGGCGACUGAGUUUUUUAUCACUAGAUUUUCCGAUUAUAAUCAAUGAUCGAUCGGGUGGGUCAAUCCGAUUAUUUCCGAUGAUCGAUGAUAAAAUCUCAGCCCAUCACUAGUUUUAAAAGAUCUCAUUUAUAGUGAGUAUAAUAAAACACGAAUGAGUUUUUAGCUCCAUUUCUUAACGCAAAAUAAUCCAAAACUGAAAGGAAAUCAUAGAGAAACUUUUUGAGGCCACGACUAGGCUCGCUGUUAGUGUUUUUAUCAAGUGCAAAACACUCGUCUGUGUGUCGUGUUUUACUGUUAAUGAAUUAGUCCUACUACUUCUAACAUUUUAAAAUAUAUUUUUUUAAUUCACAAAAUGGGCUAAACAUCAGGAAAAACAGAUGCUGGAAUAAAACACGUAAGAAAGGGUACAAACAACCGCAGCAAACAAAAAAAGAGAAAACAGUACGAUAAAAAGUGAGACGAAACGAUCAAAUUUCCCGAUCCGUUUAAGGCACUUAGAAGAUUUUCUACAAACAAAAGGCUUUUUUGAAGGACGGGAUCCGGGAAUUUAGUUUGAAACGGAGUGGGGGGGGGGCGAGAUUCGGGAUUGCAAUUGUGAUCGAGGUACGGUUUUACGAUGCGGAAAUCGGGGAAUGUCUUUGAAAGUUUUCAGUUUGCCCACAGUUGGUUCGACCCUGUCACAUGACCUUUUUGGCCGUAAAAAAUGCUUAAGCCAAUAUUUGCCACUGGCGCUGCGAAAACGGGACGCACAAGAGCACAAAUAUUUUGCUUUUGUUUGAUUUUCUUCAAAGUGACCAACGUUUCCUUAGCGUAAAACGCAUCACAACGCAAUGUCAAAAUGCGAACUUGUUUGAAUUAAGCGUACAUGGCUUGUGACAGCCAAGAGUUCAUAGCGACGUUGCUUUUUGAUCCUUCGAUGUCGGUUCUACCUAUCAUUGCGAAUGAGCUUGUCACGAGUCUCACGGUUUGACGAUUUAUCUCGCGCUCUCACAAGUUAACUACUAAUUUCUCUUGCUUUCAAGAAAGUGGAUUAGGAAUCUGGUUGAAAGCAAGGCCACAUUCGAAUUUACAUAUAUGUUGUAGUUAAUUUGUUAUCCUAGGUAAUUUUUAUUUUUCCUUUGUUUCAACUUCAUUAGCAUACAUUACCAUACCAAAAAACAAACGAAAAACAAAAAUUACCUGGAUUAAAAAUUUAACUACAACAUAUACAUUGUAUUAUGCAUAUUCAGGGUAUACAAUAAAGUAGUGAAUACUUCGCCUACUUUAUCAGAUUUAUUCACAAUUAUAUGUCUGGAGUUGUGUAAAUAAUUACUUAAUCCUACUUAGCAACUUUCAUUUGCCUAGAUAUGGUGAUAGUGGUUUUGACACUAAAAAAGUGAUUUAAAAGUUCAUUUGAUCUUUUUACUUUCUUUCGUUUUCCUUUUGUUUUGUUACUGUUUCUUUGUGUCCUUUUUUUUCCCAUUAUGCUACCAAUUAAAAAUUUGCAUCUUUCUUUAAUUCGCAGCACUUUUAUGGAAACAGAUUGAAAAACCGGGUCAUCUAGGCUAGCUUCGAGACCUUGAAAUGACUCUGUCUAUUUCAUCACUUUGCUGUUGACACAAAAUCGUGUCUGCAUGAAGAACUGCGACGCACAGUCAGUUUAACGUCACUUGACUUGAGAGAACGUGUGGAUAGCUGUAUAUAAUGUCGUAGUUCUUAAAACAGCCACGAUUUUUUGACAAUACCCGAGUGAUGAAGGAAACAAAGACUCUGCUAUUAAUAUCGUAGUCUCGAAACUACUGGUUCAACUUGCAAUUUGCAUGAAUAUCUAGGAUCUGAGAAUGAUAACCGCAGGUGUUAAAACAAAGUUACCCCAGGCAGAACCGAAAUAGUUAAUUGAUCGAAAAGCGAAAUUGACAAUUGGUAUAAUUCAAAGAUUUCUAGGCAAACAGGAUGUAUUUUAAACCGAGCUUUCACCCAGUUAACAAGUUCCCACACCAUAUCACGAGUGGUUUAUAAGCGCGGCCACAAACGCAAAGGUGUGUAUAAAUCGUUGACGAUCUUUUAAGAAGAGACAUCAUGAAUUUUAGUGAUAACGGAAGAAACCGCUCGGAUCACAGCAGAGUGGAAACUAUAGUUAUCAUAAACUCUGUGCUUAAUGCUCCGUUGAUACUAAUAUCCAUCGUAGGCAAUGCUCUGGUCCUGCUCGCCAUCUUCAGAACGCCUUCCAUACACUCAACCUCAAUGAUCAUGCUGACAAGCCUUGCGUUUUCGGAUCUUCUCGUUGGUCUCCUAGCCCAACCACUUUUUAUUGCGGACGAAAUCACAAGCUUAACAACGCAAAACCCUAUAUUAUACCGUCUGUCAGCAAUGAUAGGGUUUUUUGUCACUGGAGUGUCUCUUGGAACAAUAACAGCCAUCAGUGUGGACCGCGUUUUGGCUCUUCACUAUCACAUGCGGUACGCCAUCAUAGUGACCAACACACGAGUCAAAUACACCGUAGGAGCAAUCUGGUUGGUCAUGUUCCUGUCUUUGGGGUUUUACCUUUGGGAAAAGUAUGUUUUUCACCUAAUGGCAGGUUUAUUUUCGGCUGUUUGCAUUAUCAUUUGCACAGUUUCUUACGCAAAAAUUUAUCGAAUUGUUCGCGUUCACCAGCAACAGAUAAACAUUCAGCAUAACGCUGUGGAAAAUGAAAACGCUGGAAACAAAAUGCAAUUGUCACGGGUCAAGAAAAGCGCAAUGAGUACGUUUAUAUUUUACAUUUGUAUGCUAUUUUGUUAUUUUCCAGCCUUUGUUUUACUGACUCUGUUCGGAACAUUGCACGUAACAUGGAAUCGCGAAUGGACAUUUUCCUCAACUUUAACGUUCAUGAACUCUGCCAUUAAUCCGUUUCUGUAUUGUUGGCGGCUCCGAGAACUAAGAGAAGCGAUUGUCAAAACAACGAAGCAGCUAUUUCAUCCACCGAAUGAAAACUGA